GCAUGUUAGUUUGAUCAGGGUUGGAGUUGACUUGAUUGUCUUUUGGAUCUUUAAAAUCCUAUUUUACAGAGGUUUGGAGGAUGACUGCUCGAGUGCAUUGCUCGAUGAUUGCUGUUUUAUUGUGUCUGUUAGGAUACUUGAGCAUAUCAGAUGCUGCUCAAGGUUUGGGAAGCCGUGGGAAGCUGAAGGACUUGCCUGCCCAACGAGGAUGUUCUUCUGAUAGAGACUGCUCUGGAGGAAGCAAAUGUUUUCGAUUUCACUGUGAGCCUGAUUCCAUGAAGCCAGGUCAAUGUCCCGACCCGAAGGACGUUGCACGGUUUGCUAAAAGCUGUGUCCAUGAUGGCCAGUGUCCUGCCACACAGAAAUGUUGCCCAACCACCCAUGGCCAUGCAUGCAGUGAACGCAGCAGCCAGAGCAUGGGUCAGGGUCGCGGCGAGGGAACUGUUCACGGUCAGGGAAGCGGCCAGGGUCAUGGUCAGGGUGACAUUCAUGGAAGCAGUCAGGGCAGUGGCCAGGGAAAUGGCCAAGGAAGUGGCCAGGGCCAGGGAAGUGGUCAGGGUCGCGGUCAGGGGAGUGGCCGGGGAAGCGGCCAGGGAAGUGGCCAGGGCCAGGGAAUGGGCCGGGGCCAGGGAAUGGGUCAGAGUCAGGGCCAGGGGAUAGGCCAGGGUCUGGGAAUGGGUCGGGGCCAGGGUCUGGGAAUGGGUCGGGGUCAGGGCCAGGGAAUGGGAAUGGGCCAGGGCCAGGGAAUGGGCCAGGGCCAGGGUAUGGGAAUGGGCCAGGGCCAGGGAAUGGGCCAGGGCCAGGGUAUGGGAAUGGGCCAGGGCCAGGGAAUGGGCCAGGGCCAGGGAAUGGGCCAGGGCCAGGGAAUGGGCCAGGGCCAGGGAAUGGGUCAGGGCCAGGGAAUGGGCCAGGGCCAGGGCCAGGGCCAGGGAAUGGGCCAGGGAAUGGGCCAGGGCCAGGGCCAGGGAAUGGGAAUGGGAAUGGGAAUGGGCCAGGGAAUGGGAAUGGGAAUGGGAAUGGGCCAGGGAAUGGGAAUGGGAAUGGGCCAGGGAAUGGGAAUGGGUCAGGGCCAGGGCCAGGGAAUGGGUCAGGGCCAGGGAAUGGGCCAGGGAAUGGGUCAGGGCCAGGGCCAGGGAAUGGGCCAGGGAAUGGGAAUGGGGCAGGGAAUGGGGCAGGGAAUGGGCCAGGGCCAGGGCCAGGGAAUGGGCCAGGGCCAGGGAAUGGGCCAGGGAAUGGGUCAGGGCCAGGGAAUGGGAAUGGGCCAGGGAAUGGGCCAGGGAAUGGGAAUGGGUCAGGGCCAGGGCCAGGGAAUGGGUCAGGGCCAGGGCCAGGGAAUGGGUCAGGGCUAG